AUGCUCGCCUACAUGCUCAACGACAACGACUCCAAGACCCGCUCCUUCACCACAAAUAAGGCGAGCGCUAAGGAGCUCGUUAGCUGUUAUGUCCUACCAGACCUGAAGGCACUCAAACUCCCACUUCCCGCUGAGGUGAACCUCUACAAUCGGCAUAGAGGUCAGCUCCUCUGUCAGUGGAAUGCAACAGCAGAUCACUCGAUCGCGCAAGUGCAAGAGAAACUGAAUCUUGUUGUCAAAGAAGGGUCUCAUCGACUUCUACGCAUCCGGGAACUCGCAGUACUUCCUUGGGUUCACACUUCGAGCCUCUCAGCCGCCUCGCGUGGUGACGUGCAGGCUGCGGAACCGUCAAAGACGGAGUCAUCCAAACGACUCCGAUCACCUUACCCUGAUGGCGAGACUGAGGCUCAGGCAAAGCGCUUCUGUCGCGGCGGCAGGACUGACGAUAACGCGCUGACACAGGUCUGGCCAGAGCCUCAACAGUCUCCUGUUCCUGGUCCUGUAGAAGUCUCUGCAUCCCACUUGGCAACCGCCUCUGAAGGUUCUAAACUGGCCAACGACGACUCUUGGCAGAUUCUACCUGGCUCUGCGUCUCUUUCGGAUACUGGGACAAACAAUUCGAGCCACACAAGUACCAGUGGUGCGAAUGCCAUACGCGAUGGAACUACUAUCCCCGCUGGGACUGAGGCUCAGGCUCAGGCUCACUCAAGCAGCACUCAAGUGGCUGGCGAUACGACUGCGACCUCUCUGACUAGCGGAUCAUGUGGUGUAUCUUCUGGCCUUGCCACGAACUCGACGGCUAGCUCCGUUGCAUCAGGCUCUGGGAACACUCAUCUUCUGCCGCGACACACAACAUCUAUGCAGUACUGGGUGUUCCAUGUGAACACGAGCCCUGCCACCACCUCGCAUCGAUGGCUAAGGGGUGGAACAACCGGCUGA